UCACUGUCUUCUUCAAUCAAUCGCAGUUCCACCCCCUUUUCCAGUGAUCAGGUAUUUUGUGGUCUACUGGUGUCAUAGUUUGGCCUUUGAUACCAUUGGUGGAAGUCCGUCACGGUCAAUGGCGCCUCUCUCGUUAUUUAAAAACGAAAAAAAAGCAUUGUCAACUCUGGUUACAUGAAUUUACCAGAUUAACCCUGUAUAUUGUUCUUGCUCUUUUUGGAGCGAAAUGGAGUGGACUUUAUUACGAAGCUCUGAACAAUUUUAAAAUAGUAGUGUUUUCCGGGCGAUUGUAGGGGUUUUUCCGACACAAACCAAAGAUGUCUCGCCACGCAGCUAACUCGCAUUUCCCCAAGUCGAAGACUCUCGACAACAAAUAUAUGCUUGGAGAAGAGAUCGGGAAGGGAGCGCAUGCUCGAGUUUACAAGGGACUGGACUUGGAGAAUGGGGACUUUGUUGCGAUUAAGCAGGUCUCCCUGGAGAACAUCGCUCAGGAGGAUCUCAACGUUAUCAUGCAAGAGAUUGAUCUGCUAAAGAAUUUGAACCAUAAAAAUAUUGUGAAGUAUCUUGGGUCUUUGAAGACAAAAACGCACUUGCACAUAAUUCUUGAGUAUGUGGAAAAUGGCUCUCUUGCAAACAUUAUCAAACCAAACAAAUUUGGACCAUUUCCAGAGUCACUAGUUGCCGUUUACAUUGCUCAGGUUUUGGAAGGCUUAGUUUAUCUACAUGAGCAAGGGGUAAUUCAUCGGGAUAUCAAGGGUGCAAAUAUACUAACAACCAAAGAGGAUCUUCACACAAGGAAGACGAUUGGUGGAGGGCGUGAAAAAGAUGGUUUGUAUUAUCUCAACUGUGGCACUCCUACUUCUGCUAUUGUUACUGCUGUUGGGGAUGUGACUCCUUUCCAAUGACACUGCCAUUUAGGACACUUGUCUUUGUCUAGGUUGAAACUUUUAUUUCCUAGUUUUAAGUCUGUGCUCAAGUUAGAGUGUAAAGCCUGUGAGUUGGAAAAGCAUCACUGUGUGUCCUUCCCAUCUCGCUUUGUGUCUCGUAGUUCCUCUUUAUUUUCUUUAGUCCAUUCUGAUGUUUGGGGUUCUUGCAGAGUCAGCAAUAGGUCUGGAUUUCGAUAUUUUAUGACCUUUGUGGAUGAUCAUUUUUCGUUUUACAUGGCUGUAUCUGCUAAAGGAACGAUCUGAUUUUUUAUUUGUAUUUCAGAAUUUUUAUAAUGAAAUAAAAACUCAGUUUGGCAUUUUAACUAAGAUUUUUUGAUCUGA